ACGCAAUUUUCCUACACCGUGGCGCAUGGUCAUAUUGUUUUGUCUUAAAAAAAAAAAAUAUUCCACGAAACCAUUUGAAUUUUUCCGGGAGUUUAACUGUUUAGUUGUUUGUGUACACAGGUUAGAGAUUUUCAAGAACAAGAACGAUCAUGGCCUGGGUUCCCAAUUCGCGUUUCGAGGACGAUCUGGUGGACAUGGAGCCGGAUUUUAACCUAGUCCACGGCCAGUUGGCCUACGAGGCCAAGAAGAAACAGGAGUUCUGUCCGCGUCCCAAAGCCACCUACGAAUAUCUGACGGCCCGGGAAAAGCGCAACUCGGAGCAGGAAAAAGUCAAUGGAGGCCCAGGCGGAAAGGGUAGGGAGAUCAGGGAAAGCCUCCAGAUGAUGGAGAAAAUUCAGAAAAUAUCGGGAACCAGGCCGCUCGGCGAGCAUGCCACCAUGGCCGACUGGGAGGACGACAGCACCGCGGAAAUGGAGUUGGUGGCCAUCAUGCGGCACUUUGGAAUGUCAUCCAUGGCCGAGGACACGAUGCCCGAUCUGCCAGAGAUCAAACCUCACGAAGGACCCAUCCAUGUCAUAAGAAACGGUCGCCGGAGUUUUCCCCUUAUUACAGACCCCGAAUUCUUCAGAGCAUGUAAACCGCGCCGACCAAAACAACCCAGCAGUGCCAAAGAACUCAACACUGCGAACGAUUCCAUUAGUGAUUCCUAUUACACAGCCGAUGGUUCGGCCAGCUCCAUUAGCCUGUACGGAUCUGCCAAUUCCCAUUUGGACAGCAGCCCGGAAAAGCAAAAGACCAUGAAGCCAAAGCGGGAGGUGUACCUGGAAAUACCAUACCAACCGUUGGAAGAGAGUUUCGGCCAAGAGGAGAGGUCCUUUGCCAAGGAGGCGAGCACAUCUACGUCGGAAAAAACCUAUGGAAGAAGGAGGAACCGAAGGCCCAGCCAAAAAGAAAGAGGCCACCAGCAAUACGAACCCACGGACCCUAGGCAAUAAACCACCAAAGAACCUCAAAGAGCAAUUCCCAAUUAUGUACGCUAUGUAUCCAAAUCAAAAAACCAAGCAACGAUUCGUUUUUGUAUAAAAUAAGCAUCUUGCCACUUUUAUAUAAAGAUUUUUGUUUCAUAAGUCUUUUGAUUUGGGUACAUACGCACCUCAUAUUAUAAAUUUUUUAUACCCCUUACUUGUUGUAGUAUUGAAGCAAAAAUAAGGAUUUAAAAGGAUAUUCUUAUAAAAUUAGAUAAAUUUGGUUUGGAAAACCAGUUAGGAUAUUGGCCUUAGUCUAUUUGAUCUGCAUAUUUACACGCAAUGGCAGGUUGGAACAUAUUGUUUGAUUUGCGAGACAUUUUAGGGUAAACCAAGUAUUUAUUUUAUUUAAACAUA